AUGUCUUUAGCUGCGCAUAUAGCACCACCUACGUAUACUGGAAGAACUGAUCCCAGAACUUUCCAAGAAUUCAUACGAGAAUUAAAUAGAGUAGCCACAGCCCUCAAAUGGACCGAUGAGGCAUACUUAACCACUUUACCUGCUCUUCUCAGGGGUGAAGCAGCUAUUAUUUACGAAAGCAUACCACCUGCUGAACGAAAAAAAGAAUUAGGAUUAAAACCCAUUCUAAAUCUCCUAGCCAAAAAAUUUGCAAAUACCCAACUAACUUCAAACUUCCGACGCCGCGCGCUAGCUCGCAAACAACGCGCAAACGAAUCCCCCUCCGAAUUCGCUCAAGCCAUUAGGGACCUUGUCGAAUUAGGAUAUCCAGAAAGCACAUCUUAUACCGACGCGUUCAAGGAAGAAAUUAUGGUAGAUAUCUUCCUCUCUGGCCUAUUACCAGUCGUCAAAGCCAAACUACUACGCAAAGAACGCCCAAAAACCCUCCAGAAAGCUUUGGACAUGGCCAUAUCCGAAAUUGAACUUCAAGAAGAAUUGAAACGUGAUGGACUCAUCAACGCAGGUGGAAAUAUCUCCAUCAACCAGUUACAACCCGUCCAACCACCUCAUGCCCAAAUGAACCGUUUCAACAAAAAUUGGCAGCCACGCCGCCCAUUCAACCGCUUCUUCUCAAAAUUCAACAACAACAACCGACCAUCCAAGCCCUUCUUCUUCAACAACAACACAAGCCGUUCCAAUUAUCAACCCCGUGCCAACUACCGUCCACAAUCCAAUAAUCAAAACUCCAAUAUCAGGAACCGGCCCAAUCACCCUCGACCAACCCGUUAUGGCAUUAACGCCUUGUUGCCCUCGCUGACAAUCGUUGCCCUGGCCGCUCUAUCCGUACUACCGCUGACUAUGGCCCAAUUUCAAUUCUGCCCUUUACGCAAAGGAGCUUUAUAUCUCGCUCCUCCGAGGAAAGAAGAUUGCACAGUAGCCGACGACACUCCAGUACGAAAAACAAACGUCGAAAUUUUUGUACCACAACUGGGACCCCAUUACCAAGAAGCUUAUCACUGCCAGGCUAAGAAAGUAACACGAUGCACCUUUUCAAUUGGUAUCGCUGCAUUUGAAAGACUGACACCAAGUCAACAUCACAGUUUAACAGCCAACGAAUGUUGGACCUUGAUCCAACGAAUGACGCUAUACAACCAAACACUUUAUCGACUUGACGAAAAUGUUUGGCAAUCCUCAGGAUUCAUCAACGCCCAAUACGCAGUUUUUGGAAGUCGUUGCCGCGAAAAACUUCAAUUUACGGUAACAAAAGGACUAAUACAUUCCAGAAACGGGAUAACUGUAUCCUCCGAAAUCGACAAUCUACAUAACUGUCAUUACAACGAUGCUCUCUGUGUUACGAACCAAGGUACAACAGUUUGGAAUGUGACGGACACAAAAGAUUUCUGCUCACAUACUUCAGCUGGACAUUUUCUGGCUUUAGCUUCUGACACUUAUGUGAUAAUCCAAAGACUCCAAGCUGCCUUCGUAUUCAACAAAACAGAUACAGACGUCCACGACUCGUUUUGCUACCCUAUUAACACCUAUCGAAUGGAAAAUGACGUGUUCAUCUCCUUUCACCCAGAAUACCCAACCGCUUCGAAGCUCAGAACAAAACGAUUCGAAUUCAAGGAACAACCUCGAAUCGGAGACACAAAACCAGCAUCAACCACUUCAAGGACUACCCAAGGAAAUGCCCCAACAUCACCAUUAUCAGCGAUCGAAACCCGAGUUCAGGAUCGGAAUCGCUACAUAAUUCCCCCAGUACAAAAAGCCCAGGGACCUUACUAUCCCAUCAACGUCCAAGCGCGAUCCUCAACAAAUAAUACGUCAAAAACCAUGAAAAAUCCGGAAAGAAGUGACGAAACCCCGAAAGUAGCUACCUCAACCGUAACGACACCUAUUUCCAUCACGGGAAAAACUACAAUGGCACCAAUGACAUCUACCUCCCUUCCGCAUACUACUCGGAAACAAAAUUCUCCGAUUGAAGCCCAAACCUUUCCCUCACCGGCACCUCCUUACGAAGCAAAUGACCCCACUAAUGUAAAACUGGAAUACCUCAGCCUCACGGUAACUAAACUUAUCCGCGAUGAGUACGCAAACUUAUUUGCUCACAUCUGUUCCAUUCACAAUCAAAAUGUGGCCAUCAUCACAGCUUUGUCAAAACUUAACCCAACUUUAGCCGUCAGAUCUUGGCUUAACAGAGAUGACGUUAUCGCUUACCAUUCCGGCGAAGCAUUCGCUGUCUCUACUUGCGAACCAAUCAAACCUGACAUUGUUCAUUGGAAUCACAAAUACGGAGAUUCGUGCUGGACCGAUGUCCCAGUGGAAUAUAACAACAAAACAUAUUUCGCACCUCUCGGCACCUACGAAUUACAAUACAACUCUACAAGAAUACCCUGUGAUCAAAUUCCUGUCAAUGUGUACCGACAAGCCGAUGGCACCUGGACUUCUCCCAUCGGACACGCCAAUGUGAUGCAAAUCGACCGAGCGCUAACUCAACUAAACUUCGACACCUUACCUACCUUUUCAUCAGCAUCAAUCUACCAACCACAAUGGACCAGAUUAGUCGUUUCUACCUCCAUUCUAAACUCCUACGCACACAAAAUUAACCGACUGGAAACUACACUACAAGCUACUCAAGAAAGUGAUACCCCAGAACUCAAACUUGUAUCCGACGGAAGUAGUGAAGGAGCAACUUCAUCUCUAUUAACCAUGGAAGUAGUAAAAGGAUGGAAAGACGCCGUGAUAGACUUUUUCUUCCCGAAUUUGGACACUUGGGAAGAAAUCACAGUCGCUGUUCUAUCAGUAUUGGCCCUCGGAGUAGCACUAUUCCUCUACGGUCCUUACAUCAGCACUUUUCUCAGACAUGUUAAACGACACCAAGAAUAUAACCCAGUCAACGCUGUAGAAAUGCAAGAUGUAUCACCUUCAGCACCAUGCCUCGACCAUGUUUACGUACCUCCAGUCUACUCGAUCCAAACAGGAACGCAACCCAAGAUUAUCGUACACAUCAAAGGCAAACCGGUCGCCGCAUUAGUGGAUAGCGGCUCAGCCAUUACGUACUGUCGACAAUCGCUUGCCAGGAAGCUGCAACUUUCCAUAUCUCCCCUCCAAGCGAUGGCUACUGCACGUGCCGUGAAUGACACGACCUUCAAAUUUCUUGGUCAAGUACAAGCUGACGUUUCAUUCCGACAGCUAAACCUACAAAUACACAUGUUGGUAUCUGAAGACAACCACUGCCCGUCAGAAUUGUUGAUAGGCACAGAUACACUUCGAAAAGUUUGUGCCCAAGGACACUCCGUGAAUUUCGAUCUAAACCAAAACACCAUCAACAUCGGAGACGAAAUAUUUCCGUUCGUAUUCAACCUGGAGACAAACCUCACUACGGAACCCUGCAAAAUUGUACUUAAUCAGGACGAACACCUUCCACCACGCUCAGAUAACUUUAUCGUGGCAAAAACACUCACGACACCUCCAGGAAGGACAGUGCUCAUUGAAGACGCCAUCACAACUAACGAAAUGGUCAAAACAGCAGCAGUAUUAUGUCGUUUGGCUACUCCCAACUACGUCCCCGUAACAAUUAUAAACGCUGGUUACGCCCCAGUAACCCUACGGAAGAAUCAAACAAUUGGAACAUUAUCCGAAGUGCCCCAACAACAAUCAUUUCCAAUAAUGUUCGUACAAUCCCCUCAGCAAAUCCACGUACCACCUGAACUGGACUACAUUGAAACUCUUCCCCCGGCAGGAAAACAGCCCAAGCAACAAUUGAACCCGGAUUUGGAAGAUUCGAUAUUAUCCGAAAAUGCAAAGAAGUACCUAACCCGGUUGAUUCAUCGUUACUCUGAUGUCUUCGUUGGAACUGAUGGAAAAAUUGGUCAAUAUACCGGACCUAUUCAACACGAAAUCGAGCUCAUCAACCCGAAGGACAUCCCUCGCAAAAGACCCUAUCGCGUCCCUCUUCCACUCCGAUCCGAAAUUGAACGACAACUCAAACAAUUAUUGGACCAAAAAAUCAUCGAAAAAUCAUCAUCCCCCUUCGCAUCACCAAUCGUAAUGGUAAAGAAGAAAGACGGCACCUACCGUCUUUGCGUCGAUUACCGCCAACUUAACCAAAACACCGUUAAACGUGUUCAACUCCUACCCAACAUCCAAGAGAUCCUUGAUCUUACAGCCGGCCACAAGUAUUUCUCAACCUUGGAUUGCUCUCAAGCCUUCCACCAAGUUACGCUAGCUCCGGGAAGCGUUGAGAAGACCGCAUUCAUCACGCAUAUGGGAUUAUUUCAAUACCUACGAAUGCCUUUUGGAUUAACAGCCGCGCCCGCAACAAUGCAAAGAAUCAUGGAUCACCUAAAAGGAGAACUCACAGCUAAGAUUUUUAUUUAUCUUGAUGAUCUAUGCGUCUCCAGUACAGACGAAAAUGACCAUAUUAGGGACCUCGAGGAAGUUUUUAGCGCACUAAGAUCAAAAGGACUCAAACUAUCACUUAAAAAUGCUUCUUCGGCAAAAACGAAGUAA